GUCCGCGGUCUGCGCGUCUAUGGUUCUGCCAGGUUCUGCUCGCGUGGAAAGUCAACGAGAAAAAUUUGUGACGUGCUUAACCCACAUCCUCCUUCUUAGUACCCGUAAAAUGUCCGUACUUUCGUGACUUUUUCCCCAAUUUCCGAUCACCUAAAGAAAUCGAUCUGUGAGCGUUGAAAUCUGGCAUAGGUAAAGACUCGAAUGUUAUAGUACGCGAGAAAAUAAUGCUUGUACUAGCGUAUGGACACCAGUGCCAGACACGAUAGCUAGGUUUCAUAUAAAUAAAGAACAAAGUUUUACUGUCCUAAAGGCAGUAUGAGUAAUCCUUAUAGAGCCAGACCAAACAGGUCUAAAAUAGAUCAGAGUUUAGGAUAUGGAGCUCGAAAUCAAAAUGUCUGGAAUCCAAUGUCCAGAGUACCUGAGUCUGAAGCACCUCCAAAUGAUCUUAUUCAACAUCAACCAGCCAUUCUGAAUCAGCCAAAACCGACAAAUGAUCCUUGGAAUAAUUCAUGGAAUUGGGACUUUGACAAACAGACAGAUAAUCAACAGCAACAGCAACCACCGCAACAAGAGCAACAACAGCCAAAGCAGCAGCAAUAUGCGCCUUAUGGCAAUCAAGGGCAAUUUAUUUCCAAUUCCAUACAAGAUCAUUAUUAUCAAAAUGUUAAUGGUAACAAAUCGGACGUGCUGAAUCAGAACUCGAUGCCAGAUAGAAAUGUCUCAGGGACGGUCGCUAGUAGACCACCAAUUCCGCAUCAUACCGAUUCCUUCACGCCUUAUUCAAAUUAUGCUCAAUAUCAACAGUACCCUCCUCCUCCUCCUCCUGCUCCUCGAUCAGACACUGUUAAAUCUGGUUCUAUGAAUUUCGAUCAGUCUUCAUGGACGAAUGAACAGCAGUCUCAAAGUGUUUCGUAUCCGCCUAGUAUACAAAACCAAAAGGAUCAAACGCCGCGUUCUUCUCUAAGUAGUACCAAUUACAAUUGGAUCAAUCCUGAUCAACCGAAUGUAAUGGCUCCACAGAUUUGGCAAAAUCAGGGUACUGUCCAAGGACACUGGCCUGAUCAUAAGAUGGAUAAAGAGACGCAUUUCGAUGAUAUGGGUAAUCAGUAUAUGCCACCGGUGCAACAAACCAGAUCUAAUCAGCAUCAUUUACCGCCUAUGAAUAAUAAACAACAUUCCAUGAAUGAUACCGGUAAUUGGUCGAAUCAAGUUAACACGUCUGCUCCUCAAUGGAACAUUCAGAACCGUGAAUCUGCGUUACCCAAUCAAGGUCAACAAGUAGUCGAGCCUUAUCAAACUAAUAACGAAUUUAAUUCAUGGGCUCAAACACCUAGUGCCGAUGCUUCGCAAACAUGGAAAAAAUUGGAAGACACACAUCCGAGCCAGUGGUUACAAGAACAACAAGAAAAUAAUAAUCUAGUAGAAGAAAACGUGAAGCAAGAAAAUAAUGGUGGGACAACGAUGAACGAAUGGCAACAUAAUCGUGGGAUGCCGUCUCAACACAGUUUACCGAACAUUGUCCCACCUGUGGAACCGAAUAUCGAACACGAAGAGAGGAAAAGAUCUAUACCUUCCUUAAUUCCGAAUUCUAAAGAUUCAAAUAUCCAUACGAAGAUAGCUAAACCACAUCCUGAUUCGCGAAUGAACGUAUCUAUUACACCGGAGACAGUGUCGACCGUGGCGAGUUCCGAAAACGUUUCCGUACAAGAGAACAACGAUUUCAUCAUGGCGAACGAUCCGAUGGAGGAGUUGCCUACAAAAUUGGAGCAAUUGAACCUUGCUACUAAGCUAAGUAAACAAGUAGAGAAUCAAAAUGAGUCGAAAGAAUUGCAGCCUGUCCCGCCCGAGGAUGGAUGGAGACAGAAUAGUUCCAAUGAUAGUGCCGUAGCCGGCAACAUGUCCGGAUUACUCGGCGCGGAAAGUUCUCAUUCCAGUGAUAAUCAAACGGUCGUUAGUCAGGAACAUUCAUCGCUCAGUAUGUAUCAAGCAACGAACCUUAUGCCUACGGAUAAUAUAGCACAAAGCGGAUACGAUCAAUGGUACAGUCAAAACGCGUUGUCGCUUUCCGCGGAUAAUACAUGGUACUCGAAGGACCAUCCCCGUCCACCGAAAGAAUGGAGUACCGAGCAGAACGUAGAGAAUUACGAAAAUAUUCAACAGCCUUCGGAGUUCGUGAACCUAGAAGUAGUGACGCCUUCGUUACAGAAACGCGAUAUAUACGGCUCGAGGGAUUCCAUAAACAAGGAGACUUUAGAUAACGAUCCUAAACCCAUCUUGAACCCUGCCAAAGAAGUAGGUGGUUCGCGAGAUUUUAGACAAGAAAUAAGUAACAUCGAAGUGCCCUCCAUUCAACCAUCAGCGCGAUCUCAUUCUCUCCUUCAAUCCGAACAGGUGCCAGAUAAUUAUGAGUUCGCGUCGAACGACAGGAACACGUUCUUAGAGACCGGCGAAUUAACUGAUUCUCACCAGGAACACGAACCAACUCCGCCGAGUCAAGACGAUGAGAACGACGAAGUGCCUAACGAUAUUCCCUUCUUGCGCGAAGUACCGGGACAAUCCAGUUCCAUAGAUCCCCGUAGGAACGAUCCAACCGGACAGGAACAAUAUGUGCAAUCCGGACAAAGAUUGUCCGAUCCAAGGAGAAACGAUCCCUCUGGCCAGGAGCAAGGUCUUCAACUGAGAAACAUAUCCGAGAGAUCGGAACGACGCGACGUUCCAUCUGGACAGGAAAGGAACCUUCCUUUACUCUCGCGGUCGGAUUCCGAGACGCUGGAACGCCGAAAUGAUCCGUCUGGUAGAGAACGAUCUUUGCCCCCGCAACAAUCGCGAAAUGAUCCCUCUGGAGAGGAGAGACAUCAAUCCCAACCUCAAAUUAUGAUGGAGCCAAGCGAAACUAGGGAAGUUCCAGGAAGAGGUAACGAGCCUGAGGAUCCUGCUGAGCAAACGGACGAAAAUCUUAGGCAAAUACCAGGCGGAGCAUCUCCGAACGAAGCAGUUCCGUCUUCGGAUGACAGACCCAAUGGAAGAGUCGUCACAGGUUCUCAAGAAGCUUCUUCCAUAGGCUCUGCGAUACAAGAUCCAAUUAGCGAUUCGAGAAGCAAACGCGAACAAGCUGUCGGUGCAUCGAUGCGCGAGAGUCAAGGUGUUUCCAGCGCAUCUAAUCGUAGAGAUUCGUACGAGGACGAGGAUGACGAAGGCUCUGGAAAUAGUAGAGACGACAGCAGAGAAAGACUUCGAGACAGUAGCUCGGAGCACCGGCGAUACGGUUACGAUCGCGAACGAGAAUACGACGAUGAUUAUUAUUACGGUCGUCGUCGGGGAGGAGAACGCGACGAGUUCGAACGCCGGGAGAUUCCUUAUCGAGAGGAAGACCGUAAACAUCAUAGCCGAGACGAUCUGGACAGGCACGCGAGGGAAGAAAUCGAUAGAAGAAGUAGAGCUAAGGAAGACAUCGAUGAGAGAGAUAUGAGAAGAAGGCCCGACGAUCAUAGAAAGGACGAUGGGAUGCGACGUAGAGAUAUUAGAGACUUCGAUCCGCGUUAUAGAGAUCGCGAUUAUCUCGAUCGUGAGAGAAGAAGGGAUGAUAGACGACCGAGACGAUACGAUGACUACGAUAUAAGAGAUCCAUAUAGGAGAGAUUAUUACGAUGAUCCUUAUAGUAGAGGAUCUAGGCCGUCCAGUAGAUCGUCCUACAACGACAGAGACCGAGAGUACUACAUGCGAACGAGAGAUCCAUAUUAUCCUUAUAAUGGAUACCCCGGAUAUGAUUAUAGUGUUCAAUAUGCUAAUAACUAUUAUGCGUAUAUUGAGAAUUUGCGACGUACAAAUCCUGCAGCUUAUUCCGAGUGGUAUCACAAGUAUUACGCUAACCAACAUCAACAGCAACAUUUUUCGCGUGGCGUCAGCAACUAUCCAGAGGACAGAGCGAGCGUUCAUUCGGGGCGUAGCUCCUGCGAUGAGAGAUUUUUUACAAAUCCAAGUGCAUGCUUCCACUCGCCAAACAAAGCAUUAUAUGUUCCGUAUUUCGGGUAUCCUGGAUGGGCCAGGAGUCCGCAACGAAGACAGAAUUCAAGUUGUCGAAAUUUAAAUAGGACGACUGGUGAUAAGCGAACCGUAGGCGAUAAUUCAAUGCUCGAAGACUCGACGACGACCUCCGCGCGAAUGACACCGACUAAAUAUUCUAUUUCUCACGCAUAUGGAUGUUUUUCUAUCGGGUCUUUGAUACAUGUGCAUCCGGCUUAUCCAUCGGACGGCGACAGAGCUAAAGUAGACAUUAUUAGAUUGGAUAAUUUACUUUCACACGAUCCCGUAGCACGUGAAUUACGAGCUUACCCCGGACCUCUAAUUAAGCAAGUGGGUGUCACUCAUAAAAAGACUAUUAUCGAAUAUUGCGAGAACAAGAUUAAAAAGGCAUCUACGAACGAAGAGAUGGUUGAUCGAGCUUCGUAUAUUCUCCUAUAUGAAUUGAUGAUUAUGCUGAUUCAGCAGAAUGGAAACGUCGUCGGUGUCGAUAUAGCAUCAUUGUUACUUAGAAACAAAGAUGCGUACCCUUACGACGCGAACAAACACAAGUCGCAGGACCCGGGAAGAAGAGAAUCGGUGAUAUCGCAACGCUCGAAUAUCUCGGGUGGCGAGAGCAAUCAAGAUGCACCGACUACCGAAAAAACAGAGAGCAAGCCACCGAAAAGCAUCGAACAAAUAACGGACGAGUUCCGUAACACAUUGCUCUACGGAUUGGUACAAGAGGCAUUAGAGUAUGCGAUGAACGAGGGGCUUUGGGGCCACGCGCUCUUCCUAGCAAGCAAACUAGACAAACGCACUCACGCGUCUGUGAUGACGCGUUUCGCCAACAGUUUACCAUAUCACGACCCGUUGCAAACUUUGUACCAGCUGCACUCUGGCCGUGUGCCGGCUGUCGUUACCGGUAUAUCCGAUCCACGGUGGGACGAUUGGAGACCUCAUUUAGCUAUGAUCAUAUCUAACACAUCGGCUAAUCCAGAGAUUAAUCGUCGUUCGAUCACGACUCUCGGAGAUACUCUUUCCGCGCGAGGAGAUAUCCAUGCGGCGCACUUCUGUUACAUACUCGCGCAAGUUGAUUUUGGUGCUUACGGAGCAAACAACGUGAAGCUGGUGCUGAUCGGUGCAAAUCAUCAUAAACCGUACAACGCGUUCCUCUCUACGGAAGCCGUCAUGCUCACAGAAAUAUACGAGUACGCAAGAAAUCUCAGCGAGCCAGGAUUUACAUUGAUAGAUCUGCAAAUGUUCAAGUUCGACCUGGCUAUAAAAAUGGUAGACCACGGUCUAAUAGAGAAAGCCUUAUUGUAUAUAGAACAGAUCGCAGUAAACAUCGUCAACGAGCCUUCGAGGUACAAACGAUCGUUUAUAAAUGCGGUUUACAAUUUAGGAGACAGAAUCAGGUACCAUGAUCCUGUUUACAAGGAUUCCGUCGACGAAGCUACGACUUUAACUUGGUUCAACAACUUGGCGGAGAUCAUUGGUAAAUGCCAUGCUGGAGAGAUUACCGACAACGAGGUUUGCGCUCUUCAGACGAGAACGGAAUCGCAGACAGUUCAAAAUCAAGAGAUACAUGAAAUAAAGCAACAACAGCAACAGUGGAAUGUUCAAUCCGAAUACAGGGAAGCACCGGCUUCGAUGAUGGAGGUAACCGCAGCCGAUAUGCAAUCGGAAUGGCAGCCGCUAUCGUUGCCAUCGGAUGUUCCGGAACCGUACGAUCAGAGUAUGCAGUAUACAAGAAAUAACGAGGAGUCGAUUCAAUAUCAACAGCCGCAGCAACAAGACUAUUGGAACCAAGAUCCCUAUUAUCAGAGUAAUUAUGGGAGGAAUGACAGCGCGAUCACAAACUGGCAACAGUCGACGUACCCUAAGGUACAGAGUGACAUCGAUGAUUCUCAGCAACAGGAAAAGUGGAACUAUGAGACGGAAAGGGAAGAAAAAACGCCCACACUUGAAUCGUCGCAGCCAGCUAUUUCGAUGACACCAUCGACGAGAAAGCAAUACGACCCUCUGGAGGAACUGGACGCGCUCGAAACUCCGAAAACAUCCUUGAAGCUCACAGGUGCACCGAAGAAAGUUUCCGAGAAGCCGGUCGAAAAGAAGCCUUCCAACAGCGGAGGGUCUUGGUUCGGAGGCCUGUUCAGUAAACUUGCUCCAAAACCGAGGAACCAGAUGAUCCUACCGGACGACAGUAACCCAGCGAUCGUUUGGGAUCCCGUGGCCAAGAAAUGGAUGAACAAGGACGAGGACGGGGACAGUAGCUCUGCCACGAUUGCGCCUCCUCCCAAAGCCUCGGACAUCCCGGGAUUCAGACCACCUGCGCCGGAACCAGUUCCCCAAUCCUCUCAGCCGCUUCCGCAUGCUGACGAAUUGGGUGUUAACAAAUUCAAGUUGCCCAAGGGUAGAAGCGUACGUGCCAAUUACAUAGACGUGAUGAAUCCCAGUGGUCCAAAGAGCAACGCGGCAUCCUCGAGUAUGCCGACACCGGUAACGUCUCCAAUGGUGCCCAUGGCCACUUCGUCGCCUCAAUUGUUUAUUCCUGCCUCCGUUAACGAUCCAAGUGCCCCCGUGGACUUCUUAACACCCGCGACGACACAGGCCGCACCCACGACAAACGUCUCUGAAAAUGCAUCGCAAGGGUUCUCUCGAUGGAGCUCGACCAGCUCGUUAUCGCGAGAAGUGCAGAGCUACACUAUGAGGGAUCCGCGUUACCAUGCACAGAACAAGGGACCAAUGAUGUACAACGUGAACGAUAUGAGGGAUCGUUCGGGGAGGAACGUGCAGCAGAGUCGGUACCCUCCACGAUAGAAUCACGCAAGAUUUUCAACAGCACAGAAAAUUCACUGAUCAACGGGCCGGGAAAAUUUCACAUUGCUUAAAUGAAUUGUUACAAAUUAAACACGUGGGCAAACGUACCUCAAACUAAGUAAGCGAAUAAUUAAUAGACGAUCCAUGAGUUUUAGACGAGUGUGAGCAGAUUUCCAGUUCCAAUUUUACAAGGAAGUGGAUACAACAAGAUUAUGCGUGUAAUGCUUCUUAAUUAGACUUAGGCUGUUUGUAUUCCUUUAUUUCUACUUUAGAGAACGCGCGUUACUUGAUCGAAUUACAGAGGGUACUUGUUUCUUAACAAAGCAGUUCUUUUCUUUUCACGGAAUGUUUUCUAACGAAGAAUAAUUACGGAUGUAUUUUUUCAUUGUCACAGUAGCGCAUUCUGUUCGUUCGCUCGUGAUUUCUCUCAACGAUGAGAUGAACAUUGUCAUUGCCACAGCGAACGAAUCGAACAGUUUUAUUUUACAAUCGGUCCUGUCGUGUAUUGAGAAUUUCAAUGAACCGAGGUGGUAUGUGUAUCACGUGAAAUGUGAUCACAAGUGAAAGGAAAACAUUGAAACAAAUUGAAAUCGCACGCGAAUUACCAUUUCCGAAACGUGUUCCACUCGUAGUGUAACGUUAAUCGUAACGAGAAUAAUGUUGAUCCUAUUGACUGCUAUAUAGGCGAAUUUCUUACAAGCGGUUUGACUCUGUACGCUCUAGAAGGAUAUAAUUAUUGCAUUGAACGAAGCAGACAGGUGUAAAGAGGAAUGUUAGAGAUAUGCAAAUUUUAUGAAUCCUAUUGUUAGGGCGGUGUAACACACGUAUUGUUAUACAAACAUAUAUCGUUACACCAACGCGUUAUAUUGAUAAAAAGCGUGACUGCCGUCUAUCUACUUAAGUACGGGAUAAUCGGUAAGCAGUCGUUCUACGUAUAGUAAUCCCUAAAAAACUAAUCGUAUCUGUAUUUAUUAUUUGGGUGCCUGGCGCUUACUUUUUGCUUCAUGAUCAAUACUUUCAAAUUUGCCACAAGGUGAUACCCGCUACUCAAACCGUUUUAUUAUUGAUCUUUGAUAGGUCACGAAUUGGACACUAAUCAGGUUUCGCAUACACUUUUUACUUGUAGGUACGCAUUAAACAUGUGCAUCACAACGUCCGUACGAACUAUACGCUUUUCUUGUCUAAGAAAUGCACAUAAUUCGCCCGCGUCUUUGGAACAUAAAAGAACUUGGUGCUUUCAGAACGUGUUUUGAACGUGUAUUUACAAAUAUUCGUAUGCCAUAAACCGGGGAAAGAAACAUUUUGCAAUCGUGCAAAAUGUUCGAGCAAGAACAUGUUUCUGUUGAUCAUAGCGCAUAGAUAUUCCGUGUUAUAUUUUCCGCAGACGUCGCUGAGAAUUCGUUCUUUAGUAAUCAAAUGAGGGCGAACGAGGGAUGACAUUAGAAUGUAAGUUUCGUAGGUGAACUUUUUAUUUGGCCUCCGCCGUUCUUUGUGAUAGGAGGGAGAGCGAAAGAACACGUUCCGAACGCGAGGAAGCGUACGUCGGUGAAAAAAGACUUUUUAUUCGGUUAAUUUCCAUAAAAGACGAUGAACGUUGUUAAGGAGAAGAGGGAGGAGAUAAAUAGUUAAAGUCGGUGUUAAUCACGAUUCGAGCAAAACUGGUUUUGUCUAUUCUUGUAAAAUAGAGUUACGUAUUCGAUUUUAUACUCGUGACACGAUAAUGUGCUUUCAAGACAUAUAUAUUACAUUACGCGUAAAUUGUAGCAUAUUAAUAAUAUAAAGCGGCGUCCUUGUGUAUGUUACAUGUAUAUAUAUAUAUACAUAUAUAGAUAUACUAUAAUGAAAUUUAUGAUUUGUACAUACUAUAUAAACGUAAGUCUCUUCGGGAAAUAUGUAUUAACAAAUUCGCGUAUCGAUGACAACUACUUGCCGAAUUAUCUCUUCCACGCGUGCCGUUAAGAAAGAGGAAGAAUUUGUUGUUACGGGGUUUCUUGCGAAAGACUAUAAUAGAAAUCAGAAUGGUUCGAUACGAAAGACGGUCUUGCGUUGUGAUUUCGAUCUCGAAUCUUUAAUUAAAUACCUCACCGUUCUUGAUCAGAUACGUUUAACGGUCAAUCAGUAAAUUAUCGAUUAGAUUUUAGCGGGCGAUUAAUAAACGUCGAGAGACUUCAUGCUUCGAGAAUUUCUUCAAAUCAAAUUAAUCUGCUCCCGAAACGAUAUAAUCACAAUAUUAACAAUAAAAGUCGGAGAACGAUUCUAAGGUAAAAGAAAUCCGUUAAAGUUGAACAGAAGUAUUAAUUAUUGAAAGUGUAUGUUAUGUAUGUAUAGAAUGGUUUAAGAAUGAUGCGAUUUUGGCUUAAUGUAACAUAUUACGAAUUACGUCUUUAAAUGCACUUUACAAUUCAAAUGUUCGAUGUACGUUUAUGGGAAAUAUGGAUAAUGAGAAAUGUAUACUGUAUAUUAAAUAUAUUAAUACUGUCCCUAUUAUCAUUACUAUUAAAAUAAAUGAUGAUACAACCAGA